AUGGCUGAAUCACGAAGAGUUCAGCUGACCACGCUGUCCAGUAAUGUCCCCCUGCAGUCAGCAGUGGUGGUUAAACCAGAGUUUCCCCCUAAAGAGGCGUUCACCGUUACGCUAGUAGCUGCGUCUACCUCAACUUCCCGGGGCAGUCCAACCAAACAACCUGUGGCCACAUCUACCUCGUCUUCUCAGGGUAGUCCAACCAAACCGGUUAAAACAGAACGCUUUGUCCUGACGCUGUUUGAACCAGACCAGCAUAGUUGUCCUGAGUUCCACUACCCUGAACUUGUUUACAAAAAGGUGAUCAAGAAAGACGCUCCGUUCAGAUAGAAUCGGUGUGAUUGAACAAUUAUUGACGUUUAAAUUAACAAGGAAACUAACCAAAUGUAUUAUCCUAAAUACAUUUCAUUGACUCAAAUAAUAAAUGCACUGUUUUCCAGAAGAGCGUUUUAGACAAAGAUGUACCGAACACUGAGAAGGAUGAACUUGAAGCUAUUGCCAGGAAAUUGGAGGAGAACUAUGUGAGUGGAGUUUUAUCUUAUUUGGUAUUACAAGCCUAAUAUUAAGGCCAGGCACCACAGGAUAAAAUGACGUUUUGUGUGGUUAUCCUUUGACAUAUUCUCCAGACUUAUACAUAGGGAAUUGUUGAUAUGUUGUCAAUUGUUUAUUCUAGAAGACGUAUUAAUCAGAAAUAUUCGCAAAAAAUAUCAUUUUACGUACCUUUCUUUAGUAUUUCACAGAUAGAAAGAGAGAUGAAAAAGUAUUUAUCCACGUUCGGCUAUGUGUAAAUCAGGUCCUGGAAUUUCGUAACAAAAUGAAACCAAAAUAUUUAGGCUGACUUCAUCCAAGUGUUCAGAAAUGUGUUUGCGUGAUAUGCAAAUAGGCGAAUAUUUAAUGAUCACCUGAUCUGCGUACUUUAAUACAAUAUUUCAGAACAAAUUAUACCAAAAAAAGUAUUAUAUUUGUCCACAUUAAACUGGUAAAAGUUUAUUGUGAUAAGAUUAAGAAAAAACAACUUAUUAUUGUGUGGUGCUUGGCCUUAAGACUGUUUUAAACAUUGUAUUCGUCCCAAAUGGCACCCUAUUCCGUAUUAUUGCCUUGAUGAACCCCCUGUCUGUCUGUCUGUCUGUCUGUCUGUCUGUCUGUCUGUCUGUCUGUCUGUCUGUCUGUCUGUCUGUCUGUCUGUCUGUGUUUCGCUCUUGCUCUUUCUCUCUCCAGGGAGGUGGGAACAAGCGGAAGAAGGAUCGAAUUCAGGAUCUAGUUGAUAUAGGCUAUGGCUAUGACAAUGAAGACUCUUUCAUCGACAACUCUGAGGCAGUAGGUUCACUUAUGUUUCUUCUGGUUGAGAUUAUCAUGUUUCUUCUGGUUGAGAUGAUCAUGUUUCUUCUGGUUGAGAUGAUCAUGUUUCUUCUGGUUGAGAUGAUCAUGUUUCUUCUGGUUGAGAUGAUCAUGUUUCUUCUGGUUGAGAUGAUCAUGUUACUGUGUGCAGGCAGUGCUUCCUUGUUAUAGUUGCAUGGAUACUUAGCUCUCAGUAAGCCUAUGCUUAUACUGUCAAUUUAUACUCAUCAAUACUGUAUAAAUAUUAAUUGUUUAUAAUUUUAAAAUACACAGGUGGUUACCAUUGUAUAGUAUUUUAAUAUCACCCCCUUAUGUCCUCUCCAGUAUGAUGAGUUGGUCCCAGCCUCUCUGAACACCAAGCUGGGAGGGUUCUAUGUCAACUCCGGACCGCUUCAGUUCCGCCAGGCCUCCGAUACUGAGACGGACGACGACUUCGUGACCAAGAACCAACAACCCAAGCCCCCUAAGGUAAUUGGAACUCUGCCUGCGUCCCAAAUGGCACCCUAUUCCCUAUAUAGUGUACUACUUUUAACCAGAGUGUUCUCUGAAUAGGGUGGCAUUUGGGAUGAGGUCAAUAUAUGUAUGAUCAUAACUAUAUUGAGUUUGUGAAUAUAAAAUGUUCCAGUUCAGACUUCAUUCUUUGUUUUGUUCCAGAAACGCAGGAAGGAAGGGGGAGGAGUGAAGCUGAAGAAGAGGAAAGACGAUGGACAGGUGGCGACUGAAAACCCUACAGUGUCAAACACAGGGUGAGCCACUGACUGAUCGAUGAUCAGUUGAUUGACAACUGUAGAUCAUAGAUUGUCCAUUUACUGUGAAGGAAAAGGGACCCAUCAAUGUCUGAUACAGCCCAUGUUCUCUCUCUCCUGUGUUCUGUCUGUCUCUCUCUCCCGCGCUCGUGUGUUCUCGUUCUGUGCUCGCUCUCUUUCUCUGUGCGCGCCCGCUCUCUUUCUCUGUGCGCGCCCGCUCUCUCUGUGCGCACCCGCUCCCCCUCUCUCCUUCUGUGCGCAAUCUUGCUCUCUCCUUCUGUGCGCGCUCUUUCUCCCGCCGUGUGCGCGCUCUGUGCUCUUUCUUCCCCAGUGUUCUACCUGACAAGAACAUGUGGGAGGAGAAACCGAAGAAGAAGAAGAAAAAGAAGAAGAAAAAUAAGCCUGCUGGUCCUCUGAGUGUCACAGACAUGUUGAGAAAGUUCCAGAAACAGAAAGACAAAGAGAAACUAAAAAGAGAGAAAGAGGGAGAGCAACAGAAGCUCUGUCUGGAGAAGAUCCAAGGAGCAUCUCCAAUGACUACACUACCCACAACCCCUCUUGUUUCUGCAGACCCUGCUGGUGGCGGGGCCAACAUGGCGGACCCUCUGCUCAGCUUAAUCGGAUCAACCAAUGAUAGGGCGUUUCUCCAGGCAGCCAGCACUGUGGACUUUGACCUCGAUCUAGACACCCUAUUGGAUGCCUCCGCUGAGACGCUGGCCAAUCAGGUAGUCGUUGCCAUGACCUUAACCAAUCAGGAGGUCAACGCCAAGACCUUGGCCUACAAGGAAGUGAACGGUUUGAUACUCUACAAUACUUUUGUCCAUUUUCAUGGACAUUUAUUUUGUGUUGAUAAUGGUACAUUUGAAGUCACAACAUACAAUAUAAUCCACUAUAUACUGUUGUUCCAGGACUGAGUGGUGACCCCUCUGCUUCCUCCCUUGAGAGCCACACCCAGAAACAGCUGACCCCCAUCGACCCUGUCCCUCAACCCCAGGACCAGAUUGACCUUGUCCCUGAAUUCAUCUCUAAGCCCCAGGCCCCAAAACCAUCUACACAGCCCCAGCCCCAGCCACAGACACAGCCCGUCUCUGGCCCGCAGGUCCAGCCCCAUGCCCAGCCCCAUGCCCAGCCCCAUGCCCAGCCCCAUGCCCAGCCCCAGCCCCAGCCACAGCCAAUCUCUGGCCCGCAGGUCCAGCCCCAUGCCCAGCCCACUCCCCUGCCUGAAGGUCUGUCACCAGCCAUGGAGAAGAGAAUUCAAGAUCUGGCCCUGGUAUGGUAUCAGACACUGGCCUUUACGUUAUGCUGUGCCCUGAUGUUGUUGAGCGCCACAUCAUUGAUUGAUUGAUUGUAUUGGUUGAUCUUGUUCAGGCUGCUAAGGGGUUGGAGGGAGAGUCAAAGGUCAAGUUCUUCACCCCAGAGGUCAACACUAUCCUGCUGGAGUAAGUCACUUGGUUUGGUUUCAUGUUUAAACUACUAUCAAGAACAUUUCUUAUACAAUUUGUGUAACUGAUUUUAUGUUGGCUGUUUUCUUUUCUUUUACAUUGUCCAUAACAAUGUUCAGCCUUACGAGUGAUGUGUGUGUGUGGUCCUCAGCAUUGAGCUGCAGUGCAGAGAUGUGAGUGGCCAGGUGCGUUCUAAGGUGUACACACACCUAGCCUCAUUCCUCCCCUGCAGCAGAGACACACUGCUUAAACGGGUCAAGAAACUCCUGCAAACACAGGUAACAUGCGACACCGGUAACACGCGAUAGCUCUUCUUCUGUGGUGUGUUCAGGCACAAGUGUGUGUUUGUGUGUUAGGAGGAGCCCCUCCAGAGGUUGAGGCAGGCGAUCAGCAAGGUGAUGCCGGAACAGAUCUCCAGUUACCACGACGACUGCCAGGCCCACGCCCAGGCCAGGGCCGCUAAGUACGUCACCAUGGCAACUAUCAUCAACACACAGCAUAAUACAUCCUAGUCAACUUCAUUUGCAACUUGGAGUGAUUUUGCUAAUCUGUGUGGUGACAUGCUGUCUGGCUAUCUAACCUGUCUGGCUAUCUAACCUGUCUGGCUAUCUAACCUGUCUGGCCAUCUAACCUGGCUGGCCAUCUAACCUGUCUGGCCAUCUAACCUGGCUGGCCAUCUAACCUGGCUGGUUGGCUGGCUGGUCAUCUAACCUGGCUGGCUGGUCAUCUAACCUGGCUGGUCAUCUAACCUGGCUGGUUGGCUGGCUGGUCAUCUAACCUGGCUGGUUGGCUGGCUGGUCAUCUAACCUGGCUGGUUGGCUGGCUGGUCAUCUAACCUGGCUGGUUGGCUGGCUGGUCAUCUAACCUGGCUGGUUGGCUGGCUGGUCAUCUACCUGGCUGGUUGGCUGGCUGGUCAUCUAACCUGGCUGGUUGGCUGGCUUGGUCAUCUACCUGGCUGGUUGGCUGGCUGGUCCAUCUAACCUGGCUGGUUGGCUGGCUGGUCAUCUAACCUGGCUGGUUGGCUGGCUGGUCAUCUAACCCUGGCUGGUUGGCUGGCUGGUCAUCUAACCUGGCUGGUUGGCUGGCUGGUCAUCUAACCUGGCUGGUUGGCUGGCUGGUCAUCUAACCUGGCUGGUUGGCUGGCUGGUCAUCUAACCUGGCGGGUUGGCUGGCUGGUCAUCUAACCUGGCUGGUUGGCUGGCUGGUCAUCUAACCUGGCUGGUUGGCUGGCUGGUCAUCUAACCUGGCUGGUUGGCUGGCUGGUCAUCUAACCUGGCUGGUUGGCUGGCUGGUCAUCUAACCUGGCUGGUUGGCUGGCUGGUCAUCUAACCUGGCUGGGUUGGCUGGCUGGGUCAUCUAACCUGGCUGGUUGGCUGGCUGGUCAUCUAACCUGGCUGGUUGGCUGGCUGGUCAUCUAACCUGGCUGGUGUGUGGCUCUGGUUGGUCAUCUAACCUGGCUGGUUGGCUGGCUGGUCAUCUAACCUGGCUGGUUGGCUGGCUGGUCAUCUAACCUGGCUGGUUGGCUGGCUGGUCAUCUAACCUGGCUGGUUGGCUGGCUGGUCAUCUAACUGCGUGGCUGGCUGGCUGGUGGGCUGGUCAUCUAACCUGGCUGGUUGGCUGGCUGGUCAUCUAACCUGGCUGGUUGGCUGGCUGGUCAUCUAACCUGGCUGGUUGGCUGGCUGUGGUCAUCUAACCUGGCUGUUGGCUGCUGUGGUCAUCUAACCUGGCUGGUUGGCUGGCUGGCUGGUCAUCUAACCUGGCUGGUUGGCUGGCUGGCUGGUCAUCUAACCUGGCUGGUUGGCUGGCUGGCUGGUCAUCUAACCUGGCUGGUUGGCUGGCUGGCUGGUCAUCUAACCUGGCUGGUGGCUGGCUGGCUGGUCAUCUAACCUGGCUGGUUGGUCGGCUGGUCAUCUAACCUGGCUGGUUGGUCAUCUAACCUGGCUGGCUGGCUGGCUGGCUGGCUAUCUAACCUGGCUGGCUGGCUGGCUGGCUAACCUGGCUGGCUAUCUAACCUGGCUGGCUGGCUAUCUAACCUGGCUGGCUGGCUGGCUGGCUAUCUAACCUGGCUGGCUGGCUGGCUGGCUAUCUAACCUGGCUGGCUGGCUGGCUGGUUGGCUAUCUAACCUGGCUGGCUGGUUAUCUAACCUGGCUGGCUGGCUGGUUAUCUCGUCUCUGACCGUUCCAGGAUGGUGGAGGAGAGUAAAGAGCGAGAGCAGAAGGAGAACACGGGAUCAGAAGAGGAGGGAGAGGAGAGGAGUGGUAAACGAGUGGUGGGCCCCAGGAAGAAAUUCAGAUGGAACGAAGAGAUCAGGUUUCUUGUUUUUAUUAAUAUUUUUCUCUGUUCUAAAUGUUUACUCAUCAUUCUAUCCCCCCCCCCCCCCCCACACACACACACACACUUAUAAACACUGACAGUGACUAUCCUGUAUUGCUCUAUAGGGAGUGCCUGUGCAGUGCUGUUCGGGUGCGGAUGGACAGACUGGAAGCAGAGAAGGGGAACACGGAGACGGAGGAGUUCCUCAAAGCUUUCCUGGAUACAGAGGUCAAACCCCUCUGGCCUAAAGGGUGGAUGCAGCCCAGGUACACACACACACACACACACACACACACACACGCAGGCACAACCUUAAGAAUAUUCCUGUGUACUUGUUAAUGCGUCUUUUAAUAAUGUUUUGGUUCCUCAGAGUGCUGCUAAAGGAGAGUAGAAGAGUCCACUGCCCCACUGCAUCUCUACAGCAGUAAGUAUCAUCCAUAGAAUGAGGAAUUAUAGUAUUUUUUUGUUUGUAAAAAAAAAAGAUCUUAAUGUUAGCAUCCACCAAACUCUUUAUUAGCUGAACCAGGGAGUUGGUGCUGGGUGGGAGCUUAAGCCUGCACUCCCUGUAGCUCUCUCUGACUGCAUCACACAGAUGCUAAUUGUUUUUUUGUAAGGAGUGCAAUAAGUAAUUUUACUGAAGACAAAAUGUGUUCCCUCCCACAGAGUGAAGAGGAAGUUGACGUCAGAGAAGAAACGGUCCUACGGUGCUCCAACCCUUCCAGGGACCCCCAGCGGGCCUGUGGAGCCUCAGACUUUCCUGGGAGCUCAACCCCAGAACGGAUCACCUCUCCUGGGCUCGGGCGGAUCCGCAACCCCCCAGAAUCUAGAUGACUCUCUGGACCAGGGUCGCAUCCUCAAAUCCCCCUCUUUAGGGGUCGUGGGGGAGGAGCUAGCUGGGCUGAGUGACGCGGCUGAUUUUGGUUUCCCCAUCGCAGUGUCGACCCCCUACGGUGAUUUAAAGCCUGUGCGUGUCGGCAUGUCAGCCAAUACCGACACACACCCUCAGCCGAACACUCACUCCCAGUCUCCUCUGACCGUGCUAGCUGACCAGGCGCAAGGCCAGAUCCACAAAGACUGCAUUUCCCAGGGGCACCUAGCAGUGACGCCGGACCUUUCACUCCAGAACGGCCGCCCUCCUCCUCCACCACCGAAGAAGAAGAAACGGAUAACCACAUUAUUCAAAGUUGACAGACAG